AAAAAAUAAAAAGAAAAGGUUCGAGUUUCAAGGGCAACCUCCUCUCCGGUGUGCCUCGAAGGUUCAAAGUUGAAAGCUUUUCAGGGUGAGUUUUCUGUCCGAGUAGCUUUAUUCAUUUCAAUUUCCAAAAUGUUUAAUCGUCAUAGCAAAGACAUUAGUAUUUUGCAUAGGCUUUCAUAUAUUGUUAUGAACAAUUCCUCCUCAAACCCAUCCUUCUUCCUCAGAGUUAGAUGCAUCUCAAAAACGUGUUCAGACCCAUCUCAGUCUUUUACAGUCUCUUACCUCAAAGAAAAACUUGGGUUCUCACCAGAAUCUGCCAUGGCGGCUGGCAGGUAUCUCUUUUUCAAAACCCCAGAUAAGCCUGAUUCUGCCAUUGCAUUUCUGGAGAAACAUGGGUUCUCGAAAACCCAAAUCAAAAAGAUCAUCGCAAUUCAACCAGGUCUCCUGUAUUCUAAUGCUGAGAAAACCCUUUUACCCAAGCUAGAAUUUUUCCUAUCUAAAGGUGUUUCAAGCCCUGAACUCACCAAAAUCCUUUUUUGCAACCCCAAGAUUUUAGCUUGUAGCUUAGAGAAAAACAUUGUCCCUUGCUUCAAUCAACUUAUCAAUGUGCUCCAAUCUGAUUCCAAGGCUAUGACAGCUAUAAAACGCUAUCCAUUUCUUUUCUCACGUAAACUUGACGCUUAUCUGUCACCUAAUAUCAGUAUUCUGAGGGAUAAUGGAGUGCCUGAAUCAAAUAUCAUAUCAAUGUUUAAUUACCACCCUAUAUCUUUUGUCGUAAACCCUGAUCAGUUUAAGGAGAUUGUGAAGAAAGUGAAGGAAAUGGGGUUCAAUCCUUUGGUACUUAAAUUUAUUCUUGCUGUCAUUGUGUUUAGAAAAGUGAGCAAGCCUGCAAUGGAGAGGAAGUUUGACGUUUAUAAGAAGUGGGGUUGGUCUGAACUCGAGAUUUGGGAAGCUUUUCGGAGGUAUCCAAAUGUUAUGGAAACAUCGGAGGAAAAGAUUGUGGCAAUAAUGGAUUUUCUUGUGAACAAAAUGGGUUUUCAGUCUUUGCUCAUUGCCAAUCAACCAAGUGUUUUUGGGCGGAGCUUCGAGAAGCGUAUUGUUCCAAGGGGUUUGUUUGCUCAAGAUUUGUUAUCAAAAGGUUUAAUUAAGAACUUGGGAUUGUCUACAUUGUUUGACACUUCAGAAAAGGUGUUUGUUCAGAUGUUUGUUAACAAAUAUGAAUGCAAAGCACCGGAGCUGUUAUUGCUGUACAAAGAAAAACAGGAUCUUGCAACAGGAGGCAAAUAUAGAUCAGGGUAGCAUAAAAUCUAACAUAUUUGAUUGAGCUGACUUUUCUGUCCGAUUGAAUUCCUUGAUCUCAAACUUGCUCCAGUUUGAAUAAAUGAGUGCAACUAGUACUGUAUUUUUAGCAGUAUUCACUCUUGCCAUCUGUGAAACUUGAACUCAACUAUGUGCUCUGCCUGUUUUAUGUGGUUUAAUUGUCAUCUUGCUUGAAAUGCAACUGUGAAAUGAGUCUCAUUUAUAGAGUUUAUGAUCUUUAGGUUUAUUAUAUUGUGUGAUAAAGAUUUUGGCUCCAAAUGGUGUUCGUUUUUAUGCAACUUUUCUGCUUGUUUGAAGUUAUGAAGGUCAAAUUACCUGUUGUUUUGGCGCAGCUUUGUGGCUGUAGUUUUAAUUAUUAUAAUAAUUCUGCUGGUAGCCACCAAGUAAAGCGUGAUUGUGGAGGGUAGGUAGAGAAAAUGAGGUUCAAUCCUUAAAGGUUUACGCUGUUUUUACU